GGAAGGAAGGAAGGAAGGAAGGAAAGAAGGGUGGAUGGGAGAAAGGAUAGAAGAAGCUGCUUUCCCUCUGACUUCCCCCUACGGAGGCUCUUGCAUGCUGCGUCCGCUCUGAGUACGAGUAGGCAUACCCGGUGCUCGGCACCCCCAUUCUAUCAGGCCCCCCCAGGCCCUACCUGACUCUCACCCACCCUUGUGUGCCUCCCGCAGGUGCCGAGGACAAGCUGGGUGGCCCCCGGCUCCCCGCCCCGCGGACCAUGGUGACGGCCCACUCCGCCGCGGCGGCGGCCACCACGACCACGGCCACCAUCACCACUACAGUGGUCAUGACCACGGCCACGGUGGACUUGCGGGACUGGCUGUUCCUGUGCUACGGGCUCAUCGCCUUUCUGACCGAGGUCAUCGACAGCACGACGUGCCCGUCGGUGUGCCGCUGCGACAACGGCUUCAUCUACUGCAACGACCGGGGCCUGACGUCCAUCCCGGCCGACAUCCCCGACGACGCGACCACCCUGUACCUGCAGAACAACCAGAUCACCAACGCGGGCAUCCCCCGCGAGCUGAAGAGCAAGGUGAGCGUGCAGGUCAUCUACCUGUACGAGAACGCCCUGGACGAGUUCCCGGUGAACCUCCCGCGGAGCCUGCGCGAGCUGCACCUGCAGGACAACAACGUCCGGGCCAUCGCCCGCGCCUCGCUGGCUCGCCUGCCCCUGCUCGAGAAGCUGCACCUGGACGACAACUCGGUGUCGACGGUGAGCAUCGAGGACGACGCCUUCGCGGACAGCAAGCGGCUGAAGCUGCUCUUCCUGUCCCGAAACCACCUGAGCAGCAUCCCCGCCGGGCUGCCGGGGACCCUGGAGGAGCUGCGCCUGGACGACAACCGCAUCUCCACCAUCCCGCUGCACGCCUUCAAGGGCCUGCACAGCCUCCGGCGCCUGGUGCUGGACGGCAACCUGCUGGCCAACCAGCGCAUCGCGGACGACACCUUCAGCCGCCUGCAGAACCUGACCGAGCUGUCGCUGGUGCGCAACUCGCUGGCGGCGCCGCCGCUCAACCUGCCCAGCGGGCGGCUGCAGAGGCUCUUCCUGCAGGACAACGCCAUCAGCCACGUGCCCUACAACACGCUGGCCAGGAUGCGCGAGCUCGAGCGCCUCGACCUGUCCAACAACAACCUGACGUCCCUGCCCCGCGGCCUCUUCGACGACCUCGAGAACCUCAGCCAGCUCCUGCUGCGCAACAACCCCUGGUUCUGCGGCUGCAGCCUCAUGUGGCUGCGGGACUGGGUGAAGGCGCGGGCGGCCGUGGUGAACGUGCGCGGCCUCAUGUGCCAGGGCCCCGAGAAGGUGCGCGGCAUGGCCAUCAAGGACAUCGCCGGCGAGAUGGACGAGUGCUUCGAGGGCGCCCAGCCCAACGCGGCCGCCAAGACCACGGCCAGCAACCAUGCCGCGUCCACCACGCCGCAGGGCUCACUCUUCACCCUCAAGGCCAAGCGGCCGGGGAUCCGGCUCCCGGACUCCAACCUCGACUACCCCGUGGCCGCAGGGGACGGCGCCAAGGCCCUGGUGAUCCACGUGAAGCCGCUGACUGCGGACAGCAUCCGCAUCACGUGGAAGGCCGCGCUCCCGGCCACCUCCUUCCGCCUCAGCUGGCUGCGCCUGGGCCACAGCCCCGCGGUGGGCUCCAUCACGGAGACGCUGGUGCAGGGAGACAAGACGGAGUACCUGCUCACGGCUCUGGAGCCCAAGUCCACCUACAUCAUCUGCAUGGUCACCAUGGAGAGCGGGAACACGUACGUGGCCGACGAGACGCCUGUGUGCGCCAAGGCGGAGACGGCCGACGGCCACGGGCCCACCACCACCCUCAACCGGGAGCAGAACGCGGACCCCAUGGCCGGCCUGCCGCUGGCGGGCAUCAUCGGCGGGGCCGUCGCCCUCGUCUUCCUCUUCCUGGUCCUGGGGGCCAUCUGCUGGUACGUCCAUCGGGCCGGGGAGCUGCUGACCCGCGAGCGGGCCUAUGGCCGGGGCAGCCGUAAGAAGGACGACUACAUGGAGUCCGGCACGAAGAAGGACAACUCGAUCCUGGAGAUCCGGGGGCCCGGCCUGCAGAUGCUGCCCAUCAACCCCCACCGGGCCAAGGAGGAGUACGUCAUCCACACCAUCUUCCCCUCCAACGGCACCAGCCUCUACAAGAGCACGCACACCAUCGGCUACGGCACCACCCGCGGCUACAGAGACGGGGGCAUCCCAGACAUAGAUUACUCCUACACAUGAUGGCGUCGCUCUCGCCCCCUCCCCGGACCCUUCGGCCGCCCUCCUCCCUGGUGCCCCCGGCUCUGCGCCCGUCGCUUCUCUCCGACUCCUCCUGGUGUGGAAAGGGGGCUUCCCACACACGCAGGCUACCGUUUAAGAAGGAGACCCCUGCCCACCCCACACAAAACGAUUUUCAAGCCAGA